AUCCUAAAAUUUUACCACCAGAUCCAGUUGUCAUUCAUCAUGAAAAAUAACCUCAGCUGCUGUUUAAAAAAAUAAAUAAAAAUGACUGAAGAAAGCAAUCAGAUAAGUGACAAUAAUCUUGGUCGUUACUUUGACAGCUCGCACACAAUAUUCGAUGAAAUAGUUUCAAGUAAUGUGCUACCUGGAGCAACAUCAACACCAGCAUCAUCAAUGCUGUCAUUAGUAAACACUGAAUUGCUCCCAGCAAGUGAUUUAUUUAAACAAAAUGAUCUUUUCAACAACGAGAGGUCAAUAGAAUCCAGCGCCGUGGACUAUCAUCGCGAUGCUUGGAUCCCCUGUGACAAGACACGAAAAAUCCUGCGCACGAUAGCAGCAUCAGGUAACAACAAUCAUGACCGUGAAAAUCUAACGAUGCCUGGUCUGACUUUGCAGAAUGACAUGUCUGAUCCCAUCAAGGACACGACGAUCCACUACCUGGGUAUUGAUGAAAUAAUUCACCGGAAUAUAUCAACAGCUUCUGAUGUCACUCAGGACGAACGCGGUCUUCGUAAUUUAAUUCAAUCUGAAUGCUACCGCGCAGCUGUCAAUUUGACUGGACGGCUGUUGGCAAUCUACGGUCAAGGUUACGGUAAAAUAAAUUAUCCUAGUAAACAUACACCUCAUUCAUUACAAUUGUGGUACACGCGUCUAGCUCUGCUGGCAAAAUUACGGCAAGUUGAUGUUCUGAAAGCUGAAUCUCAGCCUUUUGGUAAUUUAGAUAAACCGGAUAUGUAUUUUAUUUAUUAUCCGGAGCUGUAUGGUACCAGACAUGGCUCGAUGGCUUCAUUUGCCUUCAGAUUGCUGCUGGCCGAGUUACCAAACUACUGGGGAGACUCCAAGGAAGCUAUUGACAAUCUGUAUAAAUUGCUGGCGACUAUUGACCAGAUCCUGAAGAAUUUAAAUGACGGACUGGCGGAAGAAGGUGGACAUGCUAAAUUCAGUGACAAUGAACGGAAUGAUUCAAUUAGACUGUGGACUGGCAGAAAAUCUAGAGUAUUGAUUUCCAUAGUAAAUUGCUCGCUGAGCAUUAAAAAUUUUUCCCUAGCGAUCGACGUACUCGAGGAUCUCUGCGCGAUGCCCAGCUGGACAACUGAGCAGCUGGAGAUACUCAAGUCUGCUUGCGGACGAGUUUACUUAUUUCUGGGUGACGUUACCGCCGCGGAGAAAAUAUUCGCAGGAAUAAAAGAGGCCAGAGAUGGAACCAGCGGCAAUGGAAAAUCCCCGACGAUGAGGGAACUUAUUGACAGAGGACUCAUGGCCGUGGCCCAGAACUCCUUUCAAGAUGCCUACAACUGCUUCAAGAUCGCUUCCGCCUCAGACCCUUCAAAUGUUAUGCUGAUCAACAACAUGGCGGUCUGCCUGCUCUACAGUGGACAAUUGAAAUCCGCGGUCCAGCUCCUUGAGACAGCUGUCAUGCGGAACCCGAUAAAGAGUCUGCAGGAAACUGUUCUGUUGAACAUCAGCACGCUCUAUGAACUUCACACCACUCACUGCAAGCAGUCAAAGCUCCAGCUUCUAAGGCAAAUGAACAGAUACAAAGGGGAUGCUACGGACAUUUCUUGUUUGAAGUUGGCUUAGUCAUUCGUUAAAUUUAAAAAUAAAUAAAUAUUAAUAUUAAUUGUAUGUUGUAUUAAUUAAUAAAUAAAUUAUAAAUAAUUUAAAAAUAUUUAAUAUAAUU